AUGCAUAGGGAGACGGCUGAAGUCUUUCCUCCCUCGUCGCUGGAGGAGCCUCUGGCUUUCCUGGUCACCAGGGCGCUAUCAAGGCAGCCCUGCAAGAAGAUUUUCCAUUUUGUGGACAGGGUACCCUUCAAAAGAGUGACGACUCCAGAGGAGUCCAUCAGGCGCUAUAUGGAGGUGGUCAGGCUGGUGAGAAAGGGUUUAAGCAAGACGGCGGCGUACGAAAAAAUUCCGAUCGACAGAAAUACCAUCUGCAACCAAGCCCCUAUUGCGGAGCUUGCAACGGUCAGCCCUGAUGAUUACAUGGAAAUUAGGGAGACAUAUCUUCCUGGUGAUAGUUUAUUUAACUUCGCCAAGGACUGUGCCACACAGUGUGAAUCAGGUGGGCACAUGCAGGAGAUACAGCAACUGAAAAGAAAGGGGGACCUGCUAGAUAUUUCAAAAAGAUGA